AUGGUCAAUAACAAUAAUCUGACCUACCAAGGUCUCAAGUUCGUCCAAUACUCCGAGGAAGAGCACGAAAAACUCUUCAAUCAACUCAAAGCCGAUGACAAAAAGAAGGCCAAGGAGCGCAGACUCGAAGGAAAAGACUUCAUCGACAUCUUCACCACCUCCCGCGAGGAAGCCCUUUCCGAGCUCGCCCACUACCAGAUCCGCGCCAACAAAAUCGCCUUCGCCGGCAAGUACGAGGCCGCCGAGUUCCGCACCAAGGUCUCCGAGGCCUACGACGAGGCGCACAAAAGUUACGUCCAGGCGCAGGAGUACUACAAACACAUUGACUACUUCCGAAAGGAGAGCGAGCACAAGGACGGCGUCAUUCAGCAGUUGCAGUAUGAGGUGGUCGGUCUGCAGGCGCAGCUCCACCAGAAGACGCAGGAGGCGGCGGAUCAGCAUGGUCAGUUGGAUGUCCUGCAGGCGCAGCUUCAUCAGAAGACGCAGCAGGUGGAGGAUCAGCAAGGUCAGUUAAAUGAUGCUGUGGCCAAGAAUAAGGAGCUUCUUGCUCAGCUUGACGAUGUUCGCAAGAAGGUCAACAGAAUUAUGAGCACCACCGGCGUUCUCUCUCCUGCUGCUUCUACCGAGUACGAUCGAGAGGGUACCAUGGACUAA